GCUCAGUGCCGGAGGGGGCGGACAAGAUGGCGGAGGCAGGCGGCGGCCGGGGACGCGCUGCCCGCGAUGGGUGCCCGCCGGCCGGCUGGGAGAGGAGCGGCAGCGCCGGGGGGAGCCCCACGGAGCCGCCCCCCUCUCCUCCUCCUCCUCCUCAUUCCCCUCCGGCAGCGGCCGCAGAGGCGAAGGCGCUGAGCGCGGCGGAGUACGCGCGGCGGGUGCACCAGUGGCUGUGGGACUCGUACUGCGGCUACCUCAGCUGGCAGAGCGGGCUGCCCGCGCUCCUCGCCGCCUCCGCCGCGGGCACCGCCGCCCCGCAGCCCCCUGCCCCCGCCGCCCCGGGGGCCGCCGCCGCCGCCUACUACAGCCCCUUCUACCUCCUGGCCCCCGCCGCCCCCGCCUGGCCGCAGGCAGCGGGCGGCAGGCCCGGCCCUCCGCCCCGGGCUGCCCCCGGCACCGGCACGGCCCCCAGGGAGCCGGCGGGGCGACCUGCAGGUCGGGAGUUCAUUAUCCCUUCACUGGCCCACAGGUUCAUAGCAGAGAUGGUGGACUUCUUUAUUCUGUUCUUUAUCAAGGCGACCAUUGUUUUAAGUAUUAUGCACCUCAGUGGGAUAAAGGACAUCUCUAAAUUUGCUAUGCAUUACAUAAUAGAAGAAAUAGAUGAAGAUACAUCCAUGGAAGACUUGCAGAAAAUGAUGGUAGUAGCUCUCAUCUACAGGUUACUAGUCUGCUUCUAUGAGAUAAUCUGUAUUUGGGGAGCAGGAGGAGCUACCCCAGGGAAAUUCUUGCUUGGACUGCGAGUUGUGACGUGUGACACAUCUGUACUCGUUGCUCCCAGCCGUGUGCUAGUCAUUCCUUCCUCAAAUGUCAGCAUGACAACGUCUACAAUAAGAGCUUUGAUCAAGAAUUUUUCUAUUGCUUCCUUUUUUCCUGCAUUCAUUACACUGCUGUUUUUUCAGCACAACAGAACAGCCUAUGAUAUUGUAGCAGGAACUAUUGUGGUAAGAAGAAAUGGAAUCAGAUGAUGCCAAAAGAUGAUGGAUUUCCAGACUGUUUUUUGAGCACCACCCCCAAAAGAAACAAAGACCUACCCCAAAACUGAAAUUGAGAUGACCAUCGGAAUCUUUUGCCCAAACUAAAGCAGAAUGAUUCAGAAGAUAAAGGAAAUGGGUUGCUCCAGUAUGGUGCCAGCAGCUACCUUCACAGUAUUGGAGUUUUCACAAAUGCCAAAGAAGUUUGAGAGAUACGAUACGCAGUAAAUCUGAAGUAUUAACCUUAGAUUGACAGGGAAGUAAGCGGCUGUACUGUUAACUGCAGCUAGGUGCUGUUCUGCUUGUCAGUCUAGGGAAAGCAGAUAGGGAGAAAUACUCCACCUCAAAAAAAAUGUUCCUACAGUUUUGGGUGUUGGCAGGUAACUAGAAAAUGUUUUCCAGCAGUUGACUGAGUAGUAUCACAAACUGUCUGAGGGGAAGGAAACUGCAGUAUUAGACAGUAAGGCAAAUCAUGUUAAUUAAAUUGCCAGAUGUGCAGUGUUUAUUACUUCACAGAGCACAUUUCCUCACCUCUUAAAGUAUUUUAACUGAACAUUGAUGUGACAAGUUUUUUUGCAUGAUGAUCGUAAGCGUUGUCAUUAUUUCAUGUGUCAAAGCUAAUGAAGAGGUGAAACAGCAGCUGCUUUUUCUUCGGGAAGGCUAUGUUACACUGCAGUGUUAGUGACUUGGCAUGUAUGUAAUUCUGGAGCUGUGAACAGUACACAUCAUCUGCUUCUGGCUGGAAUGAAAGCACUCGUCUAUUUCUUGCAUAUAAUAAUACCAAGCAAAACAAUUGAAUGAGUUUCAGGAGCAUGCAGAAAAUAAUAACUGAAAUGCGUGUCAUGGGUAUAAAUCCACAGAAGUACAAAUACUGGUUAUGUUCACUUUAUAUUCUGGCUAAUUGUUUGUAUGUUCAGAAUAACAACUACUGAAUAAAAAAACCUAAUAUUUUGCAUGA